AUGAACUGCUCAGGUUACGAAAACAAAACAGAGGAGGAUACAUGUAAAGGUGAUAAUAAUGUUCGUUAUAAUUCCAAAGGAGGAAUAUCAAAAGAUUUGUUAUAUAGAAAUAAUGAUGAAAAGAAGAUAAGUGUAAAUUUAACAGAUUUUAAUUUUUAUGAAAUUGAAAAGAAAGAGUUAACGUAUAUAGAAAUAUCUCCAUGUAAAAGUUAUAUGAGUAUAUGUGAUUCAUUUUGUAAUAUAUAUAUUUAUAAAAUUUUAAUAAAUGAUUUUUUAUUUUUAUCAAAAUUAGAUAUAUAUAGUACAAGCACAACAAUUAUAAAAUCUAUAAUAUGGAUAAAGAAAAAGAAAAAAGAAAAAGGUAAACAUUUUAAUUUUUUUAAUAUCGAUAUAAAUGAUUAUAUUUUAGGUAUAUCAACCAUAUGUGGAAGUAUAAUUUUUUAUGAUAUAAAUAGUAAAAAUAUUAUAUACAAGAUAAUAACAAAUGCAAGUAUAAGUAGUUGUAAAUUAAAUAAUAGUUUGGAAUAUUUUGGAAUAUGCAAUUUGAAUGGUUAUUUUUAUUUAUUCAAUAUAUAUAAAAAUGAGGAAGGGAAAAUUUAUAAUUGUUUUGAUAAAUUUUAUGAUACAUAUAUAAAGAAUAACAAAUAUGGAAUGAAUCAUAAUUAUGGAGUGAAUAACAACAUAGAAUAUAUAACGAAUAAGAGAAUGAGACUUUCGACAGAUAUUGAUCAUUUGGUAGACCAAUAUGACGAACGUGAAAAUAUAACAAUUGAUAAUAAUAAUAAUGAUAAUAAAAAUAAUGAUGAUAAUAAAAAUAAUGAUGAUAAUAAAAAUAAUGAUGAUAAUAAAAAUAAUGAUGAUGAUGAUGAUGAUGUAUCAAACUUAAUUAAUCAUGUAACAACGGAUAAUUUUAACAAUAUGAAUCAUCUGAAUGAUUCUUAUGCGGAAGAAAAUGAUAUGUUCAACAUUUAUAUAAAAAAUAAAUUUAAAUGUAAAGAAAAAUUGGUAUGCAUAUAUUUUAUGGAUCAUCUCAAAAAAAGAAGCUACUUGUUGGAGAAAAUGAACGAGCGAAUUAGGAGAAAAGAAGAACAUAAAAAAAUAAUGAAGAAGAGAAAAUCUAUCGAUGGGAAGUUUAGUGGAAGUAACUAUGAUGAUAAAGAUGGUAAAUAUGGUGAAGAUGGUAAAGAUGGUGAAGAUGGUAAAGAUGGUAAAGAUGGUAAAGAUGGUAAAGAUGGUAAAGAUGGUAAAGAUGGUAAAGAUGGUAAAGACGAUGAUGACGAUGAUGACGAUGAUGAUGAUGAUGAAGAUGGUGAAGAUGACCAUGAUGAUGAUCGUACAAACCGCAUUUACAAUGGGGAUAAAUUUCCUUCCCAUAGACCAGAUGAUUUAAAAAAAAACGAAAGAAAAUUAAAAAGGCAUAUAAAAUCAAUCGAAGAAUCCUUUUAUAAUUAUAACCAUUAUGUUUUAUUAGGUAGCGAAAAUUCAAGAAUAUAUAAAUACAAUUUAUCAAAUAAUAAAUAUAUAGGCGAAUUUGUAAGUAUGAAUAAGAAUUGUAUUAUAUGGGAUGUUAUAUACAUAUACAAAACAGAUGAAGUUAUAUGUGUAGAUAAUAAUGGAUCGUUAAUAAUUUUUGAUAAUGAGAAUUAUUCCAUAAAAUAUCAUUUUAAUAAUCAUAAUUAUAAAUGUAUAUCAUUAUCUAAAUCAUUCAAUGAAGAUUAUCUUUUUUCGGCAGGUGUUGAUCGUCAUAUUAUAAAAUAUACUUUAAGAAGUAUGGGCAAAAAUUUUAAAAUAAAUAAUAGUUAUUAUAAAAAUGGGAAUUAUAAUAGCCAACAUGAUAACAAUGACAAGAAUAUGAUUAGUUAUAAUGAACAAAAUGAUCAUGAUGAUGAUAUAAAUCAUCCUAUAAAUAAUAAUAUAAAUAUAAUACAAUAUAUGAAUAAUCCAAAAGAAUUAUUUUUUUAUAAUAAAAUAAAAAAAUCGAGAAAAACAAAUAAAAAAUGGUAUUUCACAUGCAAACAAUCAGCACAUAUUGCUGAUAUAAAAAAAAUGAUAAUAUUAAAUAAUAAUUUCAUAUUAACCAUUAGUGAUGAUCUAACAUUUUGUUUCUAUAGAAUUGAAAAUAAUAAAAAAAUAUAUUAUUCGAUAAGAAAUAUUGUAAGUAAUACAAGUAUGUUAUAUUUUUCAUCCAAUCUUAAAAAUAUUUUGUGUGUAUAUUCAAAACAAAUUAAUAUAUAUUAUAAUAAUAAUUAUGACGUAGAAAAAAAUAUUAAUGAGAAAAAACAAACAUAUGAAAAAGAUAAAUCAGAUAAUAAACAAAUAGAAUCAACUAAUAUGUCUUUUAUAAAAACAUCCAAUUAUAAACAUAUUGCUAAUAUUACAUUUGAAAAAAAUGAAUUUAUAAAUAUCUGUAAAACAAAUAAAAAAUUUAAUAAAAUAGCUUGUCUUACCAAUAAAAAAUUUAGUAUAUAUAAUUUUAAUAUGACGAAUAUGAAAAUAUAUAAUUAUGAUAUAUCAAAGUUAAACUUCUUUAGAGUUUAUGAUUUCGAUUUUCUAAAUAAUGAUACAUUGAUUGUAUCUAUGAUAAGAUUAAAUUAUGAUGAUAUGAGUAAAAAUAUGAACUCAUAUAAUAUAUCACAAAAUUUAAAUCAUACUAAUAUGAAUAAUUAUAUAAAUAUCGAACAGCUACACAUUAGGGAUGAUUAUAUAAUUACAGGAAGAAAUAAUGAACAAAAUUAUAUAUUGUCAAAUUAUAAAAAUAAUAAUAAUAAUAAUAAUAAUAAUAAAUAUCAUAAUAAUAAUAAUAAAUAUAAUAAAAAUAAUUAUUUUAUUAAUAAUAAUUAUUAUAAUAUUAAUCAAAAUUUAUCCAUGUACCAAAAAUAUUUUAGUUAUCAUCUAGUUAUUUAUAAUGUCAAAAAGAAAAAAAUUAAAGAAGAAUUAAAAGUAAAUAAUAUUCUUUAUAAUUUUAAAACAUAUAAUCAGAAAAGAUUAAUUCUAUGUUCUGAUUUUAUGAAAAAUAUAUAUAUUUUUUUUAAAAACUCAAAAAAAAGCUCUUUAAAAAAUUGUGUCAUAUUAGAUGAAUAUAAUUUAUUUCAACACAAAAAUAAUUCUAUUUGGUUAUUUUACUUUGUCGUGGAAAAUUUCCUUUUUAUUGUAACAUUGAAUAAUUCUAUAUUUAUUUAUACUAUUGAUUUCAAUAUGAAGAAAAUAUAUUUUUUAAAAAGGACUAGUAUCAAGAAUUUUCAUUUUAAUCACUUUAAUGAAAUUUUACUCAUGAAUUUAAAUAAGGAAUAUAAAGGAACAUGUGAAAACGAUAGCUCUUCGGAGACAGAAGAAAAGAGUAACACCAACAAAGCUAAUAUAGAAACUUCUGCGGACGGGUUAUGUAAUAAAACCGAUAAUAAUAUACAUGGUGAUGAGAUAGAUAAUAUAUCGAAAAAUGUAAAACAAUCAACACACAAUACACAACUCGGAUAUUUAAAAUAUAACUAUUGCUUGAUUUUAAAAAGUUUGAACAAAAUUGAAUUAGUAUCAUUAAACAUAUUUGAUGAUUCGCAUAUAGAAAUAAAAGUAUCUAAUGCAGAAAAUUUAUUAAAAUAUAACAAUAAUACUUUUAAUCAAUAUUAUAUAUCCUCAUUAAAUUUUAAAUAUAAUUUCUUAAAUAUUAAACAAAUGUAUUAUCAAAAUAAAAAUAUUUAUACCAUGAUAAAAAAUGAAUUAAAGAAAACAUGUACACAAAAUGAUGAACACAUGUUAAAUGACAAGGAACAUACAUGGUCAUAUGAACAACAUCCAAAAAAUUAUGAACAUACAAAUAAUAAAAAUAUUCAUUAUGAUGUUAUUAAUCUUUCAUUCAAAAAAUAUAUUGAACUAAAAAAAAAAAACAUUAUUAAUGUUCAUUUUAUAUAUACCCGUGAAAAUAAUAUUAUUGUAUUCAUAUGUGUACCUAAAAAUAUAGAUAAUACCUUAAUACAUGUGGCAGACACAAAAAAAUAUACAAUGUCUAUGUGA